CGUCGCGGCGGCACAGCCGACUUAAUAGUGUUGUAAAGACGGUGCGAGUAAGCCGCUGGCAAGCGUCAUCCAGACGCUGGCUUAGGGACGAGGCAAGGACUCGGAAAUGGGUCGCCCUAAAAGUCCCCGUGCAUGUAACGGAGGAGUACGGUGAAAGUGUAGUGCAGCUCACAGUACAAUAACCCCUAGACAAGUGUUGCUGCUACUGCUGCUGCCGGGCCCAGGCCCACCAUGUUCCAGCGCUAGCCGGAACGACUUUAAGCUUACAGUCGGGCGUCCAAAUACUGGUCUCAGUAGCAUGGGCCUCGGCCCUCCGGCGGGGCCCACGUGUGCAGCCGCUGUCAACGGCAGCUACCUUCAUGGCCAUUGAUAAAGAUGUCGUGUAGCGUUACUGAACGGGUGACGAGUAGAGCGGGUGUAGGAGCUCCCACCGGAACAACCGGCAACAGCGCUGCUGCAAGUGGUGCUGCUACACGAUGUAGAGGUCGCCGCGGAACAGACGGCAGCGCUGCCAACCUCACGACGUCACCUAAUCUGAGGAGCACCAACCAAGAGGGCGGCCCUCCCCAAAAUGGUCCGCAAUCGAGUCCUCAAGGGGCUCCGUUUAGAUCAAAACCUUGCUGUAGUAUUCUUUGGUGCUGUUGCUGCAAAUGUCCCUGCUCUAACCCCGGAAACAAAGGUAACGACGAGAACGGCACUAAAAAAAAUUCGAAUUCGGAAUUGGAUGCUUGCGAGGCGAUUCCUACACCGUCGGUGGAUGAAAUACGAAGUUGGGGCAAAUCCUUUGAUAAGUUGAUGAAAAGUCCUGCGGGUAGGAAAGUAUUUAGAGACUUUUUGAAAGGAGAAUACUCUGAAGAAAACAUUCUUUUUUGGUUGGCAUGCGAGGACCUCAAGAAACAAACUAAUAAGGAAGUGAUCGAAGAGAGAGCGCGUCUUAUAUACGAGGAUUAUAUAUCUAUCUUAUCUCCAAAAGAGGUGUCUCUGGAUUCGAGAGUGCGGGAAAUAGUCAACCGUAACAUGGUAGAACCUACGCCGAACACAUUCGACGAAGCUCAAGUCCAGAUAUAUACUCUCAUGCACAGGGAUAGUUACCCUCGCUUUGUCAACUCGCAAAUGUACAAAUCCUUAGCACAAAUCGAUAAGCAAGACAAAGACUUGCACCAGCAACCGACAUCAUCAACGUCAUCAAUAAUAUCGGUGGACUUAGGCAACGCGCAAUCUCAAAGCGCAAGCGUACAAGCAACCGCGUCGACACCCCUUUUAGGGGGAGCUGCGCCUGCUGCUCACCCGGUACAAGUCACUUCAGCGCGGGACCAGGCAGAUGGUAGUUAAACAACUCCCUUCGUAUCUCAAACAGGCGGCCUAACAAGAGACUCUUUAGUCGACAAUAACAGGGGACCCCGGCUAGCGGCAAAAAUAACCCAAAAAAAAAACAUCAACCAACCAAUCUUCAGUCCAAAUAUUGCGGGUAAAGAUUAUCUAUCGUCUUCAAUUCGCCAGAGGCCUAGUAAAAGUCAAAAGCCGCUGCCAACUAUUUUGGAUCAUUCCUCGCACAGUGCACGGUAUAAAUGUGUCCGUUUAAGUAUCGGCAACGCUGCCUUUUAGUACAUCGAAUCUAUAGGAAGGUAUAUAUUAUACGGAGCCGGAAGUGCGACGCUUUUUCUCUGAUUUUCUGUGUUGGUUAGUGUCAAAAUACGAUAUGAACAAAGUCGGGUGUUACGGAAUAGGUUUAAGCGGUCUGCACGAAAUCAGCUUUAACUUAUCUAUAACGUGGAAAUUCGAUGAGUCUACGAUGCAAAUCGAGAUGUAGAAAAUCUGAUGAUAUUUUGCUUAGAGUUGCUUGUUUUGCAAAUAUUGUAGACUUUCGAUAUCCAACUUGUGCCGACCGUAUUGUUAUUCUGAAACGGACUUUGUUUGAAUACAUUCCGAUAUACGCGCAAACAUAUUUAUUGGCCUACAGACGGCCUUCACGGUUUAACUCGAAACUAAUAUUUUGACACUAAGAUUUAAUCUGUUAGAUUGUUUGUACUAAUCGGUGGGACACUUUAGAGGACCAAAUUAAAGCAAAAAGCAAAGCAAAAAUCAGGACGCUAACGUGAGAUGUGUUCGUUCGUCCUCUAGCUUCAAUGGAGCUACCGAUGUUCGUAUGUUCACUAUGUACCAUAGCAAUCAUGACCGAUCUGGAUGUCAUAAUCGCUCACAUAUAAAAAUUAGUGUUUGUGUUAUAAUAACGAAUAUGGUUCAUCUCACUUGUAUAGUUAGGAUUAAGGGCGACGGCAGCUUUAAUAUAAACUUGUAAUAUCUAUCGAAAAACAUACAGGGUGGUUCCAUGACAAUUGUUUCUCAAAUAUAGUUCCAGUCUCAAGUCUUACUAUAGUCUUCGUUCAAAGUGAUUAAUACUAGUACAGUAGAAAUGGAUCGCCAAUAUUAACUUCAAAUUAAGACUAUUCAACGCCUUAGUGCGUUCACCAUAACUACCAUGUCGGUAAUUAUUGCUGUACAAAUGAAAUACACUCAGAUUCUCUAAUAUGGGCAGCGCAAUUACUCUCGCCUUACUGCUUUUAACUUGUCACUUUGUUUUAUUUUGCUUCAAAUGUCUGCUCGGCACUCCUUGGUCUGCUCCAUAUUUCUUGUCUAGUUCAAGACAAUUCGCUCUCUUCUCUCUCGCUGGAGAGGGUGAUGGUCUCGUGCUUUACUACUAUUUUUACUGUCAACCAUUUUCUGCUUAUUCCAUAAUACUAUGUUGUCUUUUGUUUUUAAUGUUUUUAAUAAUACUACUCUCAUUCGUUCGAUGAGCAAAUACUGAUUGGAUACCCGAUUAAGUACUGACGACAUGAGCAAUCGAAGUGUAUGUUUCUAUUUCGUUUCCACAGCAAUUUUUAACCGAUAGGCCCGAUCUACCUUAAUAAAUAAUAAUAAAAAUGUAAAACAUGUAGUUUUGAAAAAAAAGAGUAACCCCAUUCGCAAAAUUCACAAAAAAAAACAAAAAAUCAAUAGGGGGACAGGAAGCAUCAGCGCGUGGAGAUAUUUUUAUAUCCGCUCAUUACUCCGGUACGACCAAAAUUAAAUUUUGACAGCAAAAUUUGGUUAAUGCGAGUUGAUUGUGGCGUAAAACAAAUAUCGAUCCGAUUAAACCCAUUACAGUUUAAUGCUAAUUUUGUUGGGAAAAGUUUGACUUCCAAAGAUUCAAUGAUUUAGCCUGUGUAGAUGGUAAUCAAAUGCAGCACAGAGGCUCUGUUCCGAUCACCAAUGGGGCUUCCGAACUUGAUAAAAUACGACAACGCGGAAUGCGUUGGUAAAAAUGCUGUCUAGCAAUUGCAACUGGUAAAAAUAUUUAACGUAAUUUUUUUAAUGCUUUACUUAGUUGGAUGAAUAUUGACGGUCCACCGAGAAAACCUUUCUAUACUGGAACGAUAUAGAGAAUUGCUCAAAAUAAUAAUAACCAAAGAAAUAUUUUUAAGUCGUUUAGUUUGUAACAUUUAUCUUUGAGCAUUUCUUUAGGAACAGACAAAUUUACAAAUGAAAAUUUCCAUUAGCUAGUACGGAAUUUUGUUCUCGUAAAAACGAUAGUUUGUAAACUGUUGGACGCAAUAACAUAAAAUAUUCUGUAUUACUGUACAGUAUUAACCAAUCAUCAAUCUCAAACGCACAAAACAUCAGUGUUAUCUAGAAUUUUCUACAACAAGCAUACGUAAUUUUUUAAACAAAUGUCCGUUUCGAUUACGUGAUCAGUUGAUCGCAGAUGCAUGUUGGAUUUGCCGGUGAUGAUUUGAUGUAUACUUAAUAAUUAAUUUUCUCCAAGUGUUCGAACGACCGUAUGUCGUUUUUUGCAAUUGUAGACUAUUUCUAGUAGCAAUAAUUAUUUUGGCCUAUUAGCAGCAAAACUAGAGGUUCUUUAAAUACUCAUUUCAACACUGGCACGAAACAUGUUCCCUGUAUAUAACUUUAGUAACUGAGUAGAAGAACUCAAAUCUUUUAGUCAGUCUAAAUAGUGUAUAUGUGUUUUCUGUGGCUGCCGUUGCUAUAAGCUCCCCUCUGUCCCAUUAAAUGAUCCCCAUCUAUACCCAUCCCUUCAAUUUUCCCACCGAAACCAAAAAUAUUUCAAAAUGUGAUAUAAGUAUCUAAAGAAGACCACGGCAGAAUUGCCUGCUAUAAAUCUAGUCAACACCCAUUCUGUUAGCACUAUUACACAAUAAUAUAGUACACUAAUAAUCGAUACACUCUAUGAUAAUUCAUAUA